AUGCAACAGGAGUUCGACUACACAGUCGUGGAGUUUGCGAAAGAUAAAUUUCUGAUCAGAAACGAUUACCCAGCAGAAGUUUCGAACAGUGCCGAAAACAUUUUUCAAUUCGACGAAGAAAACUCAAGUGAACUUGGGCUUCUAUGGAUUAUUGUAUGCUGUCUGAUUAUGGACGGGGAAUCGGUUUCUUUAUCCUCGUUGCUAACUGGGCUGCAAUUUUUUGGUAUUUAUGAAAACCAGGAACAUGAAAUUUAUGGAAAUAUUAAGAAUCUAAUCACUAAGAAGUUCGUCAAAGAGGCUUAUUUGAGGAUAGAAAAAGAGGACAAUAACAUCACUGCAGACGAAAGGUCAAAUAUAGAUCCAUAUUUAAAUGCCAAAGUUUUUGUUGGCAAUCGAAGUCUAGCAAUGGUUGAUAAAAAGAAAGUACUGGAUUACGUGAGUCAAGUUUAUGGAAACAAACCAGAAGAUUGGGUCGAACAAUUCGACGAGUUUGGGGGAUAA